AUGACCGCCAACGACUCCAAACCAACGAUCGUCGUCAUCGACAUCGCCAAGGGCGACGUUCCUGGCUGCACCGGCACCGGCACGCUCACGUUAGAAGAAACCGGCAAGCCAGGUCAGCGAACGAGACGUCUCAUCUCAGCCUACAACGUCAGGGUCAAGGGCGUCGACGGCCCAGGACGCCUGGAUAUCGACGGGGAUGGCAAUGUACGCUUUAUGGCUGGCGCCGCGCAGCGCGAGGACGGGGUGUUUCCGCCGUUCAUGCAUCCCGGCGAAGUUCCCUGGUGGUUCCGGGCUCGAGGACGUCAGGGAAGGAGUGGGAUGUCCUAUAGCAACAACGUCGGGAACGUUGGUAGCUUCAACUCUUGGACGCCUGGCGCUAUGCCUGGUAUGAGCACGCACAUGGGUCCCUCCUGGGCGUUCGGCCCUGGCUGGAAUCCGAUGGCAGGGAUGCAUGAGGUGAACAUCGCCAUGGGCGCUGGUCCUUCACGUUCGAAACACGGGUCAGGCUCUAUCGUCAUGGUCAACUCGAACAGUGGGAACGUGAACAGCAUCAUCGGGAGUAACAACGCCUUCUCCACUGCGAAUGUCAUGUACGGACCGCCUGGCAAGAACCCGAAGAAGUCGAAUCGCGAGAGCUUCAUUAACAACAAGGGCAACGUCAACAGCUUCAACAGCGGUCCAGCUAGAGAAGCGCCGUUCGAAGCGAAGAAAGGAAAGCAAGAGGAGGGAAAGGACAAGGGCUUCAACGCGAAUGCGAGCGUUGAGAGCUUCGACUCCGACGCGUCGUGGUCGACUUGCGACUCUAAUUCGUCUGAAUCCACCGUUCGAACUCCGAGCCUGGACACCCCCAAGCAAAAGUAUGCGUCCACGUUCUGCACCAACGGCACCAACGGAAACGUCGGGAAUGUCAACAGCUUCAACCAGUGGGGCGAGGAAAGUGUCAGCGUCCACCGCGUGGCGACAUCGUCUGCAGAGCCAGUGAAGCAAAGCAAAGUCGAAAUACGUCCUCAGAGCGUGACGAUUCGAGUGCAAGAGGACGUGAGGGAUACCCCGGUUGAGGAAUCGGAGGCCCGAUUGAUCGAAGACUCCGAGAUUGUUUCGCUCGAAGAGGUGGGGUGCUGGAGUUGGUUCCCUUGGUGGUCUCAAAGGCAAGCAAAGAAGCGCGUGGCGGAUAAGCGGGCUGGGAAGGGGCACCAGGAGUGUGAAGAUGAUACACCUCCAUCGUACGAGGAGGUUCAGGCGGCGAGAAAGCGAUGCAAUGAAAGAAUCUAG